UUAGUUUGUGGAAAUUAUAUUGUUCCUUUUGAAAGAGGAACGAUUUGGUGGUGAUGGAGUGCUGCCACUGACAGAUGGACUCACAGGAAAAAAGCUCAGAAGAGGCAGAAGGAGCCAAAGAGAGAGGCCUGGUCUAUGUUUGGAAGGCUGGUUCCUGUUCUGUAACUCCAGAAAGGCUUCCAGGCCUCAGUGGAAAGACUGUAUUACAGGCAGCCCUUGGACUACAUCAUGGGUUACUUCUAACAGAAGGUGGAGAGGUCUACAGUUUCGGAAAACUGCCCUGGAGAUCAGGACUGGAGGAGUCAUGUGCUAACAGUCCUAUCUUAGAAAAUACUUUGCUUGGGCAUCAUGUUAUUACAGUGGCAGCUGGCAGCUUCCAUAAUGGAGCCGUGACGGAAAGUGGUGUGGUGUACAUGUGGGGGGACAAUUCUGCUGGCCAGUGUGCAAUUGCUAAUCAGCCAUGUGUGCCAGAGCCACAACCUAUCAGUAUUUCUGAUUCUGAAACCAGUCCUCUGUUAUCAGUAAGGAUUUUGCAGCUGGCAUGUGGAGAGGAACACACACUGGCACUAUCACUAAGCAGAGAGAUAUGGGCUUGGGGGAGUGGCUGCCAACUCGGUCUCAUAACAACAACUUUUCCAGUGACGAAGCCACAGAAGGUAGAGCACCUGGCGGGACGUGUUGUGCUCCAGAUUGCUUGUGGAGCCUACCACAGCCUGGCUUUGGUACAAUGUCUCCCUGUGCAGGAAAUGAAGCCUAUCCCAGAAAGGUGCAAUCAUUGCAGUCAACUCCUCAUAACCAUGACAGACAAGGAGGAUCAUGUAAUCAUUUCAGAUAGUCACUGUUGCCCGCUGGGUGUAGCACUGUCUGAUAACCAACCAGAAAACCACGUCUUCUGUCCCUCAUUGGAGACCCUAGAAGGAAAAAAUGUAACAGGUAGUCAGAGCGAAGACUGUCAGAAACCACUUGUGGAAGAACAUGCACUUGUUGCUUUAGAAUCUGAUGGAGCAAGUAUGCUUUCCAGCAACGAUGGACAGGAAGACAGUGGAAUUUCUAGUCCUGGAAAUGUUCUGUUCCCAGACAAAAAAGAAGUGAGAGAGUACUUCGUCACUUUAGCAGAUCGCUCAUUAAAUGAGAGCCUAGAGAAAAACAUCUGCACAGAACCUGAGCAGCCUUCUCAAGAAGAACAACUCGGUGCUUGUAUCCCUGGCCCUCCAGGUACCAGCACAUCUGCCUUGAACAGCUUGGUGGCCUCUUGUGCGUCAGCAGUUGGUGUGAGAGUAGCUGCUACCUAUGAAGCUGGAGCAUUGUCUCUGAAGAAAGUAAUGAACUUCUAUGGCACACCUUCAAGUGAACCAGGAUCUCAGUCUGGCGGCGGUUCCCCAGGGCCUGAAGCUCUGAAAGACAGUCGAGAAGAGCAGGUCAAACUGGAAUCCAUGCAGGGGAAGAAGAGUUCCAGUUUAGUAGACAUUAGAGAGGAGGAGUCUGAAGGAGGGAGUCGAAGACUUUCCCUGCCUGGCUUGUUGUCACAAGUUUCUCCAAGACUCUUAAGGAAAGUAGGGCGGGCAAAAAUGAGGACUGUCGCUCUGACUCCGACCUACAGUGGUGAGGCUGAUGCUCUUUUACCCUCUCUAAGAACGGAAGUGUGGAGCUGGGGAAAGGGGAAGGAAGGACAGCUAGGACAUGGCGAUGUUCUGCCGAGGCUUCAGCCACUAUGUGUGAAAAGCCUAGAUGGUAAAGAAGUGAUUCACCUCUCUGCUGGUGGCCAUCAUUCCUUAGCACUCACUGCCAAAUCCCAGGUGUAUUCAUGGGGCAGCAAUACCUCUGGCCAGCUUGGUCACUUGAAUUCCCCAACAACAGUCCCUCGUCUCACAAAGGUGUGUGGUAAUGGUGUUUGGAGUACAGCAGCAGGACUGGAUUAUUCCCUCUUCUUGGCAGAUGAGGAAGACUUCCAACCUGGAUUAUAUUAUAGUGGUCAGGAGACAACUACAGAAAAUAAUUUGUAUGAAAAUAGCUGUACUAAGAGUCCAGUCUUGUUACUAUCCUGUAGUAAGAUAGGGUACAUAAGCAAUGUGAUAGCUGGUGGUGACAACUGUUUGGUCUUAGUAGACAAAAAUGUAAUGGGAUAUAUUGCCAGUUUGCAUGAGUUGGCUUCUACUGAGAGAAGGUUUUAUUUCAAACUGAGUGAGAUCAAAUCUCAGGUUCUUCGACCUCUUUUAGGUUUAGAUAAUUUGGGCAAUGCAAAUACAAUCCACUUGUUGCAGGAAAUGGCAAGCAGGUUCAGCAAGCUAUGCUAUCUCAUCGGUCAACAUGGAGCUUCUUUAAGUAGCUUUCUUCAUGGAGUAAAAGAAGCCAGAAGCUUGGCCAUCCUGAAGCAUUCCAGUCUCUUUUUGGAUAGUUACACUGAGUAUUGUACUUCAGUAACAAACUUCCUCGUAAUGGGAGGAUUUAUGCUCCUUGCAAAGCCAGCAAUAGACUUCUUGAGUAAAAAUCAGGAGCUGCUACAGAAACUGUCUGAGAAGAAUGAGGAAAACCUCCAGCUAGUGGAAGUUCUGAAUGCUCUGUUUUUUAUGCCAUUUGGACGGCUUCAUAAUUAUGCUAGAACUUUGCUAAAGCUUGCCACGUGUUUUGAAGUGGCAUCUCCAGAAUACCAGAAGCUACAGGAUUGUAGUUCUUGUUAUGAGAGCCUUGCUGUCCACCUUAGCAGAAAAAGGAAAGAAGCAGAAUACACACUUGGCUUCUGGAAGACCUUUCCUGGGAAAAUGACGGUAUAAUGACAAUUCAAUCGGGGGUUGUCCCUACAGCAUGCUGGAAGAUUCUCUGUGAACUGGUUCAUCCUCUUCAAUGAUGCUCUGGUACAUGCUCAGUUCUCAACGCACCAUAUUUUUCCCUUGUCUACGCUGUGGGUAGAAGCUCUUUCAGAAGAAGCUGGUAAUGUGAAUGGAUUGAAGAUCACAACACCAGAAGAACAGUUUGUUCUUGUUUCUUCAACGCCACAGGAAAAGACCAAGUGGCUGAGGGCAAUAAGCCAAGCAGUGGAUCAGGCCCUUAAAGGGACUUCUGACUUAAUUCUAUAUGGAGCUGGUGGGAAUGUGCCAAGACAGGAACCUCCUAUUUCUCGCAGUGCCAAAUACACCUUCUAUAAGGACCCUCGAUUUAAGGAUGCUGUUUAUGAUGGGAGAUGGCUUUCAGGAAAACCCCAUGGCAGAGGGAUCCUAAAGUGGGCAGAUGGAAGAAUGUACUCUGGGACUUUCCGGACUGGGCUGGAGGAUGGGUAUGGUGAAUACAGAGUGCCAAACAAAGCAUUGAAUAAGGAUGACCAUUACGUGGGGUACUGGAAGGAAGGCAAAAUGUGUGGGCAUGGAGUCUACAGCUAUGCUACUGGUGAGGUGUAUGAAGGGUGUUUUCAGGAUAACAUGCGUCAUGGGCAUGGUCUGCUACGCAGUGGGAAGCUGACCUCUUCCUCUCCCAGUAUGUUCAUUGGACAGUGGACAAUGGAUAAGAAGAGUGGUUAUGGAGUUUUUGAUGAUAUCACAAGAGGAGAAAAGUAUAUGGGAAUGUGGCAAGAUGAUCUUUGCCAAGGCAAUGGUGUUGUGGUGACUCAGUUUGGACUGUAUUAUGAAGGAGCCUUCAGCACGAACAAAAUGAUGGGAACUGGAAUUCUGCUUUCUGAGGAUGAUACAGUCUAUGAGGGGGAAUUUUCAGAUAACUGGACUCUGAGUGGAAAGGGAACACUGACCUUGCCAAACGGAGAUUAUAUUGAAGGUCUCUUCAGUGGAGAAUGGGGAUCUGGGAUAAAAAUCACAGGAACCUAUUUCAAACCUAGCUUGUAUGAGAAUGAGAAAGACAAACCUAAAGCAUUGCGGAAACUUGGGAUCCUGGCAGUGCCUCCCGAUGAGAAAUGGAAGGCAGUAUUUGAAGAAUGCUGGAACCAGCUUGGUUGUGAGAUCCCGGGCCAGGGGGACAGAUGGAAGGCUUGGGACAACAUUGCAGUGGCUCUGACCACCAACCGACGGCAACACAGAGACAGCCCAGAAUUACUGAGCCGCUCACAUACUCAGACACUGGAAAGUUUGGAGUUCAUUCCACAACACAUUGGUGCCUUCACCCUGGAAAAAUAUGAAAAUAUAAAAAAAUAUUUGAUAAAGGCUUGUGAUACUCCUCUCCAUCCGUUGGGCAAGCUGGUGGAAACACUAGUUGCUGUCUACAGAAUGACCUAUGUUGGAGUAGGAGCUAAUCGACGAUUACUGCAGGAGGCUGUAAGAGAGAUAAAGUCCUACCUCAAACGCAUCUUCCAGUUGGUUAGGUUCUUGUUUCCUGAUCUUCCGGAAGAGGGCAGCACAAUUCCAUGUCUGGCAACGGAGACAAAGGGAAGGCGAUCGUUUUGCAGCGGGAAAUCUGACUCCAGAUCAGAAUCUCCUGAGCCGGGCUAUGUGGUAACCAGUUUUGGCUUGCUGCUCCCUGUGUUACUGCCACGACUCUAUCCUCCUCUCUUUAUGUUGUAUGCCUUAGACAACGAGCGUGAGGAAGACAUUUACUGGGAAUGUGUUUUACGUCUAAACAAACAAACUGAUAUGGCUCUUCUAAGUUUUCUUGGAGUGCAAGCGAAAUUUUGGCCUGGAAGUGUAUCCAUCCUUGGAGAGAGUAGAAAGGUAUCAUCAAAUACAAAAGAUGCCUGCUUUGCCUCUGCAGUUGAAUGUUUACAGCAAAUCAGUACCACAUUUACCCCAGCUGACAAGUUGAAGGUGAUCCAGCAGACUUUUGAAGAGAUCUCUCAGAAUGUUCUUGAGACUCUUCAGGAAGAUUUUCUGUGGUCCAUGGAUGACUUAUUUCCUGUUUUUCUCUAUGUGGUGCUACGAGCCAGGAUAAGGAAUUUGGGGUCUGAGGUACACUUAAUUGAAGACCUGAUGGAUCCUUAUCUGCAGCACGGGGAGCAAGGCAUCAUGUUCACUACCUUGAAGGCAUGUUACUACCAGAUUCAACAUGAAAAGCUUACCUAGACCAUCAUUUACGACCUGGCUCUGUGGGGUAAUCUACU